AUGGAGGACGAGCUAGCAAUGGCGUUGCGAAGGUUUGAGUUAUCAGAUAAGGAAGUGGGUGGGAUAGAUCUAAGUCAUGAUGAUGUAGAACAGAGCGUCCAAGAUUGCAGAGGAACUUUGGUAGGCCGCAUUAUGGGAGAAAAGAUAGCAAACUUCACUUGGGUAAAACAGUUCACUAACCAUGUCUGGGGUUAUCCCAGGAAUUUGCGAGUCACUGAGAUUGGCCCAAAUGUGUUUCAAUUUCAGUUUGAAAGAGAGGAAGAUAAGGAAAAAGUAAUGGCAGGAGCUCCGUGGAUCUUAGAUAAUCAGGUGCUAGUUAUAAGGGAGUGGUGUGUAGGAUUUGAAAAAAAAGUUGAGUGCUUUAGAUUUGUAAGUUUCUGGAUCCAAAUUUGGAAUCUUCCAGUACACUGGAUGAGCAAGGAGGCAAGUAAGAAAAUUGGGGGGAUGUUUAGGAAUGUGAGGGAGGUCAUUUUACCACCCGGGGAUGGAAAGAAAGAGAGGCAUAUGAAAAUAUUUGCAGAAGUAGAUUUGCACCAGCCAUUGGUCAGAGGAACAGCAGUGAGACUACAUGGAAAGAUGGAAUGGAUUGAAUUUCAGUACGAACGCUGCCCAGAUUUUUGUUAUAAGUGCGGUAUCAUAGGACAUGGAGAUAAAAAUUGUAGAAUGGAAAUAAGGGACAACCAAUCUUGUAGGGAAGCACAGUUUGGACUAUGGAUGAGAGCAGGGAAUAUAAUGGCAUCUCCACUUAGGGGCGAAUCUGGGAAACACAUGCAUUAUAAGAGACAAUCAAAAGUACUGAAUGAAGUUGGCUAA